AUGCACCUGCACGACUCGUACGUCCUGUACACGACACAGGAUGCCUACACCCUCGUCGGACAGUCGGACACGGCAGAGACGCUCACUAUCAGCCGGGGCGCCAACUCGUUCAGCAUCAAACCCGGUGCGAACCCUCCACCGCGACCUGAGCAGGAGCUCGUCGUCUACGGCUUGUUCGGCGUGAUCAGCCUGCUCAAGUCGGACUAUCUCAUCGUGAUCACGAAGCGCACCAAAGUCGCGACGGUCUUCACCUCGCCCAUUUACGCCGCGAACGACUUCUCCGUCUUCCCGCUCGAGCGCUCGUCCAGCGCCGAACUCGUCAAGCACCCGCAAGAGGCGUACCUGCUCGGUCUCAUCAAGAGUCACCUCUACAGCGCGCCGUUCUAUUUCACCUACGGCGGAUACAAUGUCACGAGCCGGUUGCAGGAGCAGGAGCCGAGCGAGAAGCCGCUUUGGGAGACGGCGGACGACCGCUUUUUCUGGAACCGCCAUCUCCAGCGCCGCUUCAUCGAUGCCACGACCUCUGCCGGCCAGGACGACUACAGCCGCUUCAUCCUUCCCUGCAUCUUUGGAUUCCUCGAGUUCAAGCACGCCUCGAUCAACGGUCGCAACUUCCUCUUCGGCCUCAUCUCCCGCCGCAACCGCUACCGUGCAGGCACCCGCUACUUCUCCCGCGGCAUCGACCAAGCCGGCAACGUCUCCAAUUUCAACGAGACGGAGCAGAUCGUCUUGCUCGAUGCGCAGAACGGCGGUGGAGCGGCCGGGUCGAGCGGCGGAGCAGUCAGGGGCGACAUCCGGUUCUCGUAUGUUCAGACGAGGGGCUCGGUGCCGGUCUACUGGGCCGAGAUCAACAACUUGCGCUACAAGCCCGACCUCAAGAUCCUCGACCUGUCCUCUACGGCCGAAUCGCUCUCUCGCCACUUUGACCAGCAGAUCUCGCUCUACGGCGACCAGUACCUCGUCAACCUCGUCAACUCGCACGGCUACGAGAAGCCCGUCAAGGAUGCCUACGAGCGCGCGCUCAAUGCGAUGGGCAACCCGCGCAUCCACUACACCUACUUCGACUUCCACAAGGAGUGCAAGGGGUUGCGGUUCGAUAGGGUGUCGGUCUUGAUUGACUCGCUCGACCAGGACUUGCAGCAGCAGGGCUACUUCUUCCACGAUACUACCGCCGCCAAGCAGCCUCAGCGAAAGCAGACCUCGGUCGUCCGCACGAACUGCAUGGACUGCCUCGACCGCACAAACGUCGUCCAGUCGGCUCUCGCCAAGUGGGUCCUCAACAACCAGCUGCGGCAGAUUGGCGUCCUCAGUGUAAAGGAGUCCGUCGAGGAGCACACCGCCUUCCUCAACCUCUUCCGCAACGUCUGGGCGGACAACGCGGACGUCGUCAGUCGCGCUUACUCGGGCACUGGCGCGCUCAAGACCGACUACACUCGCACCGGCAAGCGCUCGAAAGAGGGCGCGUUGCAGGACGGCAUCAACUCGCUCAUCCGCUAUAUCAAGAACAACUUCCUCGACGGGCCGCGCCAGGACGCGUAUGACCUCGUUACCGGUACUUGGGUGCCGAGGAAGGGAGAGGAGCUCGGCUGGGCCGACAAGCGGGAGCUGGCUGUCCGGGCGGCUCCGUGGAUCCUGCUCUUCGGCUUAUUUGCGCUCUUUGUCACGUUCUUUGCCGCUGCUUUUGUCAACGACUAUGUCGCCAGCUCUCGCAAGGUCGCUAUCAUCUCGCUCGCCCUCGUCGCCUUCGCGUUCAACAGCAUCCUCGUCAACGGCAUCGACUACGUCUCUCAACCCCGGCUCGCCCGCCAGGCGCUUGACGACAUUCUUGGCUACACUGGAAAGGGAUACGAAUCGGGUCGGCAUGGUCGUCCUGUCAAGAAGAAGCUCGUCAGUGUCGAGUCGUCGGCCAAGAACCGCCAGGCGCGCAAGGAGAGCCUCUUGCCGAGCCUGUCGUCGCCUCAGAUCAAGCAGGAGUAG